AUGCAUUCUUUUCGUUCCGCGUUGGCCGCCCUCGGCCUGGUCGAUCCGCAGCCGCAGCCGCAGCCGCAAACAAGCCCGGAUCCUCUAGCGAGCUUGAAACAAGAUCGUCUGUACAAUCCAACGGUCUGGGCAGGCUACCCUCGAUUCAUCUCAGUUACGCCUCCUCCUCGCGGUCAGCUGGACUAUCAGCCUCUGUACGACUUUUAUCCGCAAAACCAAAUGGAUCACCGCAGAGUCGGGGCUCCGACAUUUUCGGUACCACGCCUGAAGUUGAUAUACUAUCUCGCCUUCCGGUAUCCCAUUACGACAUCUGACGGUCUGGUAAAGUGGGGAACGAUAUAUCGCUGGGAACUCAUAUUGGCUUGGGAGGUCCUUCGUCAGGUCGCGCUGGCGAGGACUUUCUUGCUCUUGUGCUUGAUCAAGCGAGGACUGCCUGCAUCGGAUUGGACACCGGUGGACGCAACUUCUCAAGCAGCUCUCGGAGAAUGGGUAUCGGUCGCGAGAAGCGAGUUCGAAAGGCUGGAUGCAUAUUUGCACGGUUUGGGAUGGUAUGAGGCGUUCGAUAUCAAAGUCAAAGAGUGGUCAUCCGAACCCCUCCCCAACCGGGUCGACGAGAAAAGUUGGAGAAACCCAACGAAAGAAUUCCCCUAUGAAAUAUUUGCCCGAUGUAAAAGAAUCAUCAGUGGCAAGGGCGUCCUUGACAAUAACACCGGUAUCGCAAACGUCGGCGGAUUGAUCAGGGUCCUGGUCCAGCAUUAUCAGCCGUACACGCCAUUUGCUCAAGAGCCAGCCCCUCUCUCUUGGUGGCGAACGACGCUCGACGAGGAGCACCUCCGUCGCUACGGAUACGAUCCCCAGGCAGUCUUCGAUUUAGACGUUGUCUCUCUCUUCAAAACGGUGAGCGCUUAG